CUGUUAGGUUGGUCAGGCGUGAUGUUUCAGCUAACCUAAUUUUUAAGUGCGUAUUUAUUUUAACUUUUUAUGCUUACAAAUAAAAAAAUAUUGGAUUAAUACGUGUUAUUAACAAAGAACAGUGGGGUCGUAGUCAUGAGUAAGCCAGUUGUUUCCAAACAAAAAUCCAAAAAAUACUACUUUAAAAAAACUUCCAACAAAAGACUGAGCUUGGACGUGAACUUGCGGGGCUUCCUCUGCAGUUGUAACAACAGGGAAAAGGACUGCAUUAAGGAAUCUUACAAUUUACUAAACGAAUAUGCUGACAAAUUGUACCAAGAGAGCAACGAACCUGAAGCUGAGCAAGACAUUGACGACUCGUUGGCUAAAGAAAUAUCCGAACUGAAGCAAGACAAGAGUGAAAAACGAUUCCAGGUUAUAGAAUCUGGUGCCAAAAAUUUCCUAUUCAUUAGGACGAGUUUGGAGAAUCCGGUUGAGCUAGCAGAGGCGAUUAUAAAAGAUGUUGAUGGGAGUAAGACCCAAAGAACGAAAUUUUUGCUGAGACUGAUUCCUGUGGAAAUUACGUGCAAGGCGAAUGUGAGUGAUAUUGUCAACGCAUUUGUGCCCCUCGCCCAGAAACACUUUGUGGAGUCCCCGCAAACGUUUUGUGUGAUCUUCAACCACCGGAAUAAUAAUGUUGUUUCGCGGGAUGAAGUCAUAAAAUUAAUUGCAGCGAAAGUGUCCGAGCUGAGGCCUGAUCAUAAAGUUGAUCUUAAAGAGGCAAAAGUGGCUAUUAUUGUUGAAGUGAUAAAGGGGUUUGCGUUUUUAAGUGUUAUACCUGACUAUCUUAAGCACAAAAAGUAUAAUUUAUUGUCACUUUGUAGUCAAGAACAAGUAGCUGAUUGUAAUUAAUGUUGCAAUAAAAUUUUCUAUUAAUAUAAAAA